CGAGGAUGAACUCGUCCUCCUACGACAGCUCCCCCUCUCUGAACUCCUCUAAGGGGGAUCUCUGGAACCCCUGCCCCUCCUCUCCAUUGGGAGUCCAGAUCUUCUUCGCCGUGGAGGCGAUCAACCUGGUGUUCGGCUUGCCAGUGAACGCCUGGACGGUCUGGUACAUCGGACACAGCACUCACUCCGUCCAAGCCACUGAGGUCUUUACUCUAAACCUGGCAGCGCUAGAGUGCGUGUACAUUUUGUUGUCGUUCCUGCGACCGCUCAACUAUUACUCCAUCAGAAGUGCUUCUCUGUUUACCUUCAACCUCUUCUUCUAUGGUCUGCUGAGUUCAGGUCGACCUCUGUUUCAGGCGUGCAUGUGUCUGGAGAGAUACCUGGGAGUGGUUCACCCUGUGUUCUACCUGAGGUAUAACACCGUGAGGUCUCGUCUCCGUGCGCUCCCUCUGGUUUGGGCUUUCACUUUGUUCUUCUGUAUUUGUAACGUCCAGAAGCUUGUCUUUGCCUUCCCCGUCCUCUUCCUGCUGCUGCUGGUCCUGCAGGUUUUCUGCUGCGCGCGGAUGUUGCAGGUCCUGCGUCAGCCGGCUCCAGGUGAUGGAAGCAAAGAGCGAGUGGAUCCAAACAAGAAGAAGGCUUUCGUUACCGUUUUGGUCUUACAGGUCGUGAUGGUGUUUAACUACCUGCCCGUGGUGCUGGCGGUGCCACUGCGAGGUCGUCUAUCCCGACACAUCUACCUGUGUAAACUGGUCCCUGCCUCGCUCUCUUUCUCUGUGUUCGGCAGCUUCAUCCAACCAAUCACGUACCUGAUGAGGAGGCGGAUUUAA